AUGAAUCAGGUAUGGUUUUUUUUUAAAGUAUUCGAACUCGUCAUAGGCAGCAUUUGCAUGUACUACCAUAUAAGAGGUGCACUCUAUUCAGAGGAACCAUUGCCCCAUAACCUGAUGUUUUGUGGCACCUUCAUUGCCUAUAUGUUAAUAAAUAUGACGGGUAUACUGAGGAUUUUCGUCAAAACACGAACACUAAUGCUUCGUGAGUUCUUCAUAACGUCAUCGGGCUCUGUACUUCACUAUAUUUGCGGAUGUGUGAUCAUGUACUAUGCGGAGAUCGACUUCCAUUUGACAUUUAUGGGAGAUAAGCAGGAACUGGAGCACUUUUUCUUUGCCAUAUGUAAGAAGCAGAGCAUUGCCUCUAUAGUAAAUGGUACCAUGUAUCUAAUACACGCAUUGCUUGUGCUGGAGAUAAUCACGAAAGCACCCCAUACUGCUGAGCUAACAGGAGCAGAGAGUUUAGAGGGCGCCGUUUCCAUGACAUAUACUGGCUAUGAGUAUCGUGAUUAUAUGGCCAAGACAUCAGCUGAAGUGUACUUCCUAUCGCAACCAGUGGAUCAAUUCUUGCGCAAUCAUAGCAAAUGGUUUCGGGAAUUGGCUGAAUACCAAGACGCAGAACCGAAGGCACUUGAAGCUGCACAUUCCCAUCAUUCACAAAAUCGGUCCAUGACUAAUCUGCAUUCAUCUAGAUCGGAUAGAAGUAUCGGAGAUGAAUUCGAAAUGGAAACAUUUGAAGAAGACUCAUAUAUUGUAGAAAUUGACUCGGAAGAAUCCGUGGAAUUGUUCUCAAGCUCGGUACGCCUGCAAAUUGACAUAGAGUCUAGUUCGGACGAUGAGAGACCACCUAAAAAGAGCAGCAACCCACCGGAACAUCAAUAA